UUGUUUUUUUCUGGAACCCUUUCACAUGGGUUACAAAAACAAGGGUUUAAAUUGAUUGCAGUCUUUUAUCCUAUGUGGGCUUCAAUCAUGGCAGUUACUGAUUGAAACAGUCACCUGAAAUUUCUCUUUCUUCAAUGUUCAUGAUAUUUCAUCUUCCAUGUCAUUUACUACUCUCUCCCACUCACUCUGAUGUUUGGUUAUUUGCCUUCAAAGCUUUUGCUACCUUCAAGUAAGAGUUACAGUAUCUUGUCAGAGGGAGGUCCAUUCACAUUGAUGGAGUUACACCGGUGAUAUCUCAUCGGAAAUUUCUUCAAGCAGCGCAAACAAACAUAAUCUAUAAUGAAUAUUUUUUUUUAUAAUGUCCUGUUCUUCUAUUGAGUCUGGCAUUCUCACAAAAAAUUUACACAUUGCGUGAUAUAGUAUAUAUACAAACUCCUAGUUUACUGAGUUGAAAAUUGACGAUUUAUUAUGAACAGUUGGAAGUUCAAACCGGUUGAUAGAGAGCUCACAUCUACUGAUUUACAUGUCAUAAAAUGCAAUAAACAUUGGUGGGGCUCUAAUGCACAGUGAAAAAAAGUUUGUACACUGUUUUUAUUAGUACAAUGUACCCUCAGCUCAUCUUCUCAAACAUUAGUUCAUGUUUUUGGUGGAGCUCUCUGUUAAUCUUUCCUUAUCUAUUUGUUUUAAGUGUCUUUAAAGCGAUAGUCUAAUUUCAUUGCGCAUUGUAAUUUUGGGAACUCUUUCUCCUGAUUCUCCUUCUUCAUUUUUCUUCUUCUGCUUAGAUGCGUGUACACUUUUUACACUGUGAUCUACUAAACAAGAAAUUCUGUUUGCCUUUUCUGACCACCUUUUCAUUCAACUGUUCUUGGUAAAACUCUAAAUCUAAAUUGCAUGUCUUACUUCAAGGAGAAGAGUAGUUGCAACUAGCAAAAAUCAAUUUGUUUCAAGAUAUUGUUUACAAGGAGAAGAGUCGUUGUUCUUCACUUGGAUUAUCUACGUUAAAGGGAAUGAUGGAGUCGAGAAAAUCUGUUCGGAACCUAGCUAAGUCUAUUCACUCUCUUCUAGGAUUGAAGAAGCAAUUAACUUCCAACUGGGCUGAUUCAGUUUGUAACAUUAUCAAAGACAUGUCCACUGAAGAACCAUUCACUUCUUCUGCGACUAAAUCUACAUCUGAGAAUCAAGAAUGUGAUGCAGACUGUAUCAUUACAGAGAUUCAAGCUAAUCUUGAUGUCUUGGAUGCUCAGCUAAACCAACUGAAUAUACAGAGGAAGCAAACGCUGAAUGAACUUCUAGACUUAAAAGGGAAUAUUCGUGUAUUUUGUCGUAUAAGACCACUCAUUGAAGAAAAGAUAGUAGGAAAUCCUAAAUCAGUUGUAGCUCUAGAUUCGAGUAAUGUGAUUCUAAAACUCGGAGAGAAUAAGAGUAAGCGGUACAGUUUCGACAAGGUUUUCGACCCUGGCUCAUCACAAGAUGAAGUUUUUUCGGAAGUUGAACCUGUGAUCAAAUCUGCUGUGGAUGGCUACAAUGCCUGCAUCUUUGCAUAUGGGCAAACAGGAACUGGAAAAACUUUUACUAUGGAAGGUAAUCAUGAUUGUCCUGGCGUUGUUCCGCGUGCAAUCGAGGAGUUGUUCAAACAAGCAGCAGACAGCAACCAUACAUUUCAUAUCACUUUCAGCAUGUUGGAAAUUUACAUGGGUCAUCUCCGAGAUUUGCUCGUCCCUCAACAGAUGAGAAAGCCAAUGGAUUCAAUGACACAAAGCCUUUCGAUCCAAACAGAUCCAUGUGGAGGGGUUGAGAUUGAAAACCUGGUUGAGAUUAGAGUGAAUAAUUUCAACCAAGCUAAUAAGCUGUAUGGAUUAGGCAGCAGGUUCAGAUCGACUGCUUCCACAAAUUCUAAUCCAAGUUCAAGCAGAUCUCACUGCUUGACUCGCAUAUCUUUGACAUCUUUCAAUGCUACCGAAAGGAGGAGAGAAACAAACAAAAUAUGGAUGGUGGAUCUUGGUGGAAGUGAGCGAGUGCUAAAAACAAAGACUUGGGGAAGAAGGUUUGAAGAAGGAAAAGCCAUUAACCUAUCUCUCUCAGCGCUCGGAGAUGUCAUUAGUGCUCUUCAAAGAAGAAGGCCCCAUGUUCCUUUCAGGAAUAGCAAACUGACACAAGUCCUGAAGGACUCUCUUGGAGAGGAUUCAAGAACUUUAAUGCUUGUCCAUGUCAGUCCCAAAGAGGAUGAUCUUUGUGAAUCUGUAUGUUCUUUGGGUUUCGCCACACGAGUGAGGAACAUUCACCUAGGGAGCAACGAAUUAACUGACACGCAAGGCAAGAAAGAACUUGUGAUGGCCAAGCUUCUGGGGGAGAUGAAACGGCUAGAAAAUGACAGACAAGAUGUCAAAGAGGAUAUCAAGAAGUUAAAUGAAGAACUUGGGCAACUGACAAGGACCAAGCCACCUGACAAUUUGGUGGCUCUACAUAGAAUUCCAGAAACAAAUGAUAAUACAGAAAAGAAAAUCCAGCAAGAAGAGACAGUAGCUCCCUCAUCACAACUCCCGACAUUUAUGCAGCCAACUAUUUGCAGUAAGAGGAGAUCAGGCAUUGGCUUUACAAAAGGUUUGAAUAAGAAAAACUCAGUCUCAACAAGAAACAGAAAACCUUUAUCAACUCGUGCCGAGUCAUUGUGCUUUCCAAUCAAGGAUGCCUCUGAAUAUGGCUCGGAGUGCAGUAUUGCCAGAACCACUUGCUUGGCAGAUUAUGAAACAGAAUACAGUCACACUACGUCAGAAUGUGAGACCAAAACGGUUGUUCUGCCAAAACAGGGAAAACCUAAGAUGGGCUUGGCUCGUUCAGAGGCUCGCAAUGGCAGGUACGAAAGUACAAAGGCAAGUAGAAUUGGUUUGUCAAAAUGCUUCACAGUUGAGAAUUGGCUUCAAAUACAUAAUAAUGAGCCGACUACUUGUAGCUACAAUCGUGGGAAUAAGAGAGUGCUUGCGCUUCCACUCCCAGGUGUCAAAAACAGGUGCAGUGAUCGGACUAAGAUAGAUAUAUUACACCAAGAUGAAAUGCAUAAUCAAGAAUUUGCGGAGAAAGAGUCCUACGACCAUGAUAAGAUUGAUAAAAUAAUUGAUACGGGGGUGAUUGAUGAUGAUAUUGUGACUGAAUCAAUCACCAGUUCGCCGUUUUCUAGGUUGAAAAUGAUGAAAAAGAUACCAGGUUCACUGGAUGAUUUUGUUGUCAAUGAAGAUAGCCCCACAUCUCCACUUGAUAUCUCGUUUGAUAGGUCCAUUAAGAAUGAAGAUUGUUGUGGAGGAAGAGAAAGGUUAACCGAACAUGCAUUAGAAGACAGAGAAAAUUUGGGUGAUAAGUUCGUGGAGGACAGAAGUGGGUACAACACAUCAUUUGGUAUGGACAAGAAGAAUUGUAUCAACAGAAAUAGAGAUUCAAAAGAACCUGUCUCCAAAAGUGCAUUUGAAUUAGAAAAUCUAAGUUUGAAUACCAUAACUCCCGAUGAAGCUACUACCGAUCUUGAAAUAAAAGUAGUUAUCAAUCAAAUGGUCCAGACUGAAGACCUCGUUUCAGACCGAAGCAUGACAGGAGAAGAGUGUGUGGAGAAAGAUUUGCAUAAAUUUUCACCGUACAUGGAGCUUGACUCAACAGCAUGCUUACACACUAUGCAAUCUCAAGGAGCGCUAAACUUGAACCUAAACGAAGAUUCAGAUCAAGAGGAUUCCAUCAUGUCUGCUGUUGAAUCCCAAGAAAAUACAGGGAUACUUAACCUUCUCGGACAGAAAGUUCAAGUAUUACGUGCCAUUGGACUUCUGGGAUUGGGGGUUCAUACAGUAGGAUUUGAACACGAUUUCUUCUACGGGUUGAUGCAGUAAAGGAGCAUCAGCGGUAGACAACUUGCUCCGUGUUACUUGUUUCUGUAACUUGGUUUCAGUUGGAAUUGAACUUUUCUCAGACUAAACUGUUUCGAAACAACCUCCAUCCUAAAUUCUUAGUUCUGGAACAAGGCUUGGAAAUCGGACAUAGUAUCCUGUUAUGCUAAUGGCAGGUAAAUAUGUGUAUAAAAUGAGACUUUCUAGUAGUUAUAUACGACAGCACCUAAUAUUGGUACACAUAGAAAAGGGAAA